GCAGAGGGCGGAGGAGGCGAGGGGCCCGGGGCGGCCGAUGCCCACUGGCGUCCCCGGCGCCGGCCAGCUGGCCUUAGGGGGGCGGGGGAGCCAGCGGGGGGCAUCCUGGCCAGGGUGAUGGGCAACCAGGUGGAGAAACUGACCCACCCAAGUUACGAGGAGGUCCCCACGGCCGAUCCCACCGGGCUGGACCGGGACGAAGGCCCGCGCAUCGGAGUGUCCUACAUCUUCUCCAACGACGACGAGGAGCUGGAGCCGGGGCCCGAGGAGGGGGAGCAGCAGCGGCGGCGGCGGAACCAGGAGGUCCCGGCGGCCCAGCAGCAGCCCUACGAGCCUCGACUGCACGAGGUGGAGUGCUCCGUCUUCUACCGGGACGAGUGCAUCUACCGCAAGAACUUCUCUUCCGGCCCGGCCGCUCUGAGGACCUACACGCCGGAAAACCUGCUCAACAGGUGCCAGCCCGGGGACCUGGUGGAGUUCGUGGCCCAGGCCCAGUUCCCCCACUGGGCCGUCUACGUGGGCGACUUCCAGGUGGUCCACCUGCACCGGCUGGAGGUGAGCAACAGCUUCCUGACGGACGCCAGCCAGGGCCGGAGGGGCCGGGUGGUCAACGAGCUCUACCGCUACAAGCCGCUCAGCCCCGGCGUCGUGGUGCGCAACGCUCUGGAGCAGGUGGGCGCCCGGGAGCGCGAGCUGAGCUGGCGCAACUCGGAGAGCUUCGCCGCCUGGUGCCGUUACGGCAAGCGCGAGUUCAAGAUCGGCGGCGAGCUGCGCAUCGGCAAGCAGCCCUACCGGCUGCAGAUCCAGCUGUCGGCCCGGAGGAGCCACACGCUGGAGUUUCAGAGCCUCGAGGACCUCAUCGUGGAGAAGAGGCGCAAUGACCAGAUGGGGCGAGCCGCCGUGCUGCAGGAGCUCGCCGCCCACCUGCACCCCGACGAGGGCGACCCCGACGACCCCCGGAUCGCCGGCCUGCAGGCCCCCUGAGCCCCCCGGGCCACCGCCCUCCCCGCAAGCCUGGCCGCCGCCCAGGAGCAGCCGGGGGUGGGGGUAGAGGGGGACCUCGGGAAGGGCUUCGAAAGGACCGGGUCGGUGGCCUUGGGCGGACUAGGCCUCUCCCUGGAUUUGGGGAGCAGGAGGUGGAUGGGGCGCUCAGAGGAGGGUCUCCUCCUAGCGCAGCCAAGCAUCAACCUCUACUCCAUCCACCCCCCCACCACGUUUGCACUCGGUGGAAUAAGACCCAUUGCGGAGGCUGUCCUGCUUUCUCCACGGCCCCUCUGAUUUGUUUUUGAUUUCUGUUCCGCCGGGUGCACGUCAAAGCGUCGUUUGAUAUUUGCUGGAAAACCUGGAGAGGAAGUCGUUGUAUGCUGGAUUUUUGGUUGUUGGGCGUUUUGGGUUUUUUUUUGGGGGGGGGUAUUUUCUUUAAAAAAAAAAAAAAAAAACCUUUCGCCCUCUCCCCCGGCACAUGUUCGCCUACUCCGAACUUCCCUCGGGGAGGGAGAGUGGGAGAAGAGUGAUUACUUCGUGGGAGACCCAGGGCAGAGGUGCGGGAAAGGCUCGGAGCUGCAGACCAAAAACAAUCUGGCCCUAAUAGGUGGAACAGAUGAGUUUGUAAACCACGGGAAACAGAGAGGAGACAAAGACCUUUCCCUUCCUCCUCUCAAGAUCCUAAAGGGUUAAAAGUCAGACGAUGUUUUCCUUUUUUUGGGGGGUGGGGGGGCAGAGAAUUUUCUCGUGCUGCUCUCCCUCCUGCCUCCUUCUCCCACAUUACGAGUAAAUCACUGUCAGGGGCUGUCUGGGGGAAGGAUUCAAUUAAGGUUCUGUUUUGUGGGCUUUGUUUCUCCCCCUACUGCUGAACACAUUGUAGCAGAGCUAUUUGUUACUAAAGGAAGGGCUGGGGGGGGCGGAGGGAGAGCUGGAGAGGGGGAGAAAUCCUUUGUGUCAUUGAUCUAAUUAAAGUUGCUGGGUUUGUUCAUCAGCUAACACGGUCGGGAGGAGGACAAGGUGCUGAUUUCCUGCUAUAGAUUACCAAAGCAGCCCUGCUGGAUCAAUAUGUUGUUUUGAUUUCUUUUUCCCCCCAGGCUCCAAUACUUUCCCCCACCCCCCCAAAAAAAGUUCUAAGAUCCAUUUCUCCCGAAUGCUUUGCUUCCUUCUGAAUUUUUCGAGUAGUAAAACCCAUCUUGGUUCCACAGUCAAAUAACAAUUUUGAAGUCACUCGGUGUACCUGAACGGUGGUUGUUCAAAAACUCCAUCUGCCCUGCAGUCGUCUCAUCCAUUCCUUGGAGCAAAAUUCUUCAGGAACUGUUGCUCAGGAAGGGAGAGAAACAGGUCAGCCACUAAUAGAUGCCACCUCACAUGAAAGCUGGUGAUAGGAUCUGGAUGCCAAUACAAUCCAAACGACAUUGGUGAGCAUAGAGAUGUAGCUGUUGAGGUAAAUCAGUGCCCUGAGCAGUUGCUUUUAAAAUUUGCUGAUGAACCACUGGUGUGUUUGCUGUAAGGCUUUUUUAAUGUCACCAGCUGCCAAUUGAAAGGCUCCCGUUGUCCAGAAACGAUUUGAACACUUAAUUUUUGGAUGCAGCCUACCCGGCUUGAAAGCGCUGGGGUUGCCUGAGCUGCUGUUUGAGAAUAUUGUGUUCCAGCCCUUGGGGUGUGUGUCGUCUUCACUGUGUGUGUAUUUGAGGGUGCACUUCCAGGUUUGAGAGGGGAUCGAAUUUACUUGAAUGCCUGAGGGUGAGGCCAGAGCUCUAGUGGGUAACUGUUUGGGACGUGGAUGUCUAGUUGUUUCCAAGGAUAGUAAAUGUGUUCAGUGGAUAUCCUAUGGAUUUCUGAGACCUGGCAGCGCGAACUUGGAAAAGGCCUUUUUGGUUGUGUUCCCCAUACUUUUGGUCUUGUAAACUGACCCAAAAUGAAGAGAGGUACCGUACCGAGAGUGGCUGAUCUUGUGCGGGGAGGGAGACAGCGUUUGAAGGGAGGACGGUUUUCACACUUCAAUCCAGUUUCAUGCUUCAAUCGAGUUUCAUGCAUAUAGAAGCAUAUAUAAUCUACUCUGUACCCUUCAGGGUGUGACUUCUUAAUGAUGCCUCUAGCCAGAGGGUUAAGGGUUAAUCUUAAAGUGAAACAACUCUUGGUUUUCCCCCAGUCCAUAUGAACCUUGUCUAUUUGGCAUGCCACCUGCAUAGAUAAAUAUUGCAGGAAUCCUCUUGCCCACACAUCACACUAUUUUUUUUUCUAGCGUUUUCAACUCCUUCCUCUUCCCCAGACUUUUUUCAGAGCUGCCGCUGAGCAGGUGAACUGAGCGUCUCCCUUCUCUCUCCUCCCUCUGUUAGAAAUGCUGAUGAGGACUGAAAUCACAGGACUGACAGGUGGAGGGAAAGCGAUCCAGUUCUGCGUGCCUGGCCCCUACUCAAAAAUAACCAGAUUUGGUCGUCCUAGCAGCGGGACAAGAGUGGCUGUGCUUGGACCCCACAGACCCCACGUUGGGAGGAAUCGGAAAACCUUAGGGCAGAGUAGAAACCUUAGGGCAGAAUAGUCCAAACUUAGGGGUUCUGUUUCGGCAGGACAUACGAAAACAGUCCCUGUUUCAACUUGCAGUGAGGUGGUUGCAAUCAAGGAAUAUUUAGGUGACACUGGGGCAGGGGUGCUAGCCAGCUGUACAACCUGUAGGGUUAAACUGCAAGUAUUUCGUUUUGGGGUAGGUCCCUAUUCAUCCCCACCCCCCUAAAAAGCUUAAAUCUGUUUCCAUGGCCCCCCGGAGAAGGGAGAAGGAUGUGGUUUUCCUCUAGAUGGCAGUGCUUUGGAAGUGUUUUGUUGGGGUUUCUUUUUUGGGUGUGUGUUACCUAUGUGCGUUUGGUGAAAACUUCAUAGCAAUGGCUACAUCUGGCACUUUAUUCAUAUAUAUAUUCAAUGUAGAGUUAAGUAUUUUCCUUAUCAAGACUGAGGAAAGAUGAGAAAUGGUUUGUACUCUGGGUUUCUGAUUCUCUUUAAAGGUCUCAUUGAAUCGAGGGGUUCCUCAGAAGCCGAGUCGGGCGGUAGACUGCUAGAAAAAAAUGCUAAUCCGAUUCAAACAAAUUCUAUUUUCUUACCUGAAAAUCUUUUAUUGACACUGUAUUGCAUCUAUGUAUAAUGACGAUCUUGGCAAGAGCCCUACACGUCCUACACAACUGCUUUUAUUGAAUCAAAACUCCAUACUUUUUGUAGCUUUUUCCACAGUUAAUUUUGCAGGACUAGAUAGAAGACGUACACCUUGAAGCUCUAACUCUAUUCUGAACUUAAAUGUGAGAGUUUUCUAAAGCCUUUAAGAAAAACGUUCCUCGAGUGGAGGCCUUGUUUGCUUGUCACGUCUGACAGUUACCGAACCAAACUGCAACAACCACCACGAAGGAACAGAUAUUUUUGAAAACAAAACUUUAAUUUUAUACAACAGAUCAUAUAUGGAGAGGUAGGAAAAUGUAGGGACUAUUUGUUUCUUAAGUAGUUUUUUUAAAAGAAUCCACUGUGUUCAGACUGUCACUGUCGCGUGCUUGUCUAACCAAUCGCUUUUUAUAAAUUAGAGAAAUUCGAGCGUGAUUAUAUUCGUCAAUGAAUGGAUCUAUGUUUUGAAAGCCACACCUUUUUUGCUUGUGAAUUCUUUUAAAAAUCAGGAUACCUUCAAACCUUAGUGAUUUUGUUUCACUUUCCUUUAAUGUGAACAACAAAUGAAUUUCACUAAAUGUAUGUACUUGAAGUUUUUAUUUAACGUUGUGAUCUUUCAUAGACGAUCAUUAAUAUGGGUGUCAUGUAGACUUUUUUCCUGAGUUGUGUGAACUCUUUUAUUUUUGCUGAAGGCUGUUUGGGUUUUUUUUUUUUUCCUGUCAAUGUUCAAUUGUUCUUUAUACCACUUCUCUUGAAGGAAGUUCAAAUCUUGGAUUGUGUCAUUUUCCUUCAAAAUGAAGGGCAGUGCAUAGUAAAAAUAAAAGAUUUAUGAUAUCUUUUAAACUUC